GGGCUGGGGGCUCUGGGGUCCUGUGUGGUUUUCCACCAGCGCUUUGCUCCGCCAGGCCCCGCAGGGCGCCCCCUGCCGUUGAGAAUGAGUCAUUGCAGCAGCCGCGCCCUGACCCUGCUAAGCAGUGUGUUUGGUGCGUGCGGCCUGCUCCUCGUGGGCAUCGCCGUCAGCACCGACUACUGGCUGUACAUGGAGGAGGGCACCGUGCUGCCCCAGAACCAGACCACCGAGGUCAAGAUGGCCCUCCACGCCGGCCUCUGGAGAGUCUGCUUCUUUGCAGGUCGUGAGAAGGGUCGCUGCGUGGCCUCGGAAUAUUUCCUUGAACCGGAAAUCAAUUUGGUGACGGAAAACACAGAGAAUAUUCUGAAGACAGUGCGCACGGCCACCCCCUUCCCCAUGGUCAGCCUCUUCCUGGUGUUCACCGCCUUCGUCAUCAGCAACAUUGGCCACAUCCGCCCACAGAGGACCAUUCUGGCCUUCGUUUCCGGCAUCUUUUUCAUCCUAUCAGGCCUCUCCUUGGUCGUGGGCCUGGUCCUCUACAUCUCCAGCAUCAACGACGAGGUCAUGAACAGACCCAGCAGCUCCGAGCAGUAUUUCCACUAUCGCUACGGGUGGUCCUUUGCCUUCGCAGCCUCCUCCUUCCUCCUCAAAGAGGGCGCCGGCGUGAUGUCCGUGUACCUGUUCACCAAGCGCUACGCGGAGGAGGAGAUGUACCGCCCGCACCCCGCCUUCUACCGCCCGCGCCUCAGCGACUGCUCCGACUACUCGGGCCAGUUCCUGCAGCCCGAGGCCUGGCGCCGCGGCCGCAGCCCCUCCGACAUCUCCAGCGACGUGUCCAUCCAGAUGACACAGAACUACCCUCCCGCCAUCAAGUACCCCGACCACCUGCACAUCUCCACCUCGCCCUGCUGAGGCCCCGCCCCCGGAGCGCCCCGCGCCCGCCGCCCGGGCUCCCCUCC